AUGGGUGAUCGAUUUUGUAAGGAUUUGGAAUCUGCGCUGUCUUCGUAUUCCAAACAAAAUAUUGAUAUAUUCUAUGACGAUGAAGAGACGGAAGAAGACUACGAAGACGAUGACGUCAACGAUGACGGCAGCGACGAUAGGGCUGACGAAUUGGCGUGCCCAUUUUGCUUCGAGGAUUUUGAUGUUCUUGGAUUGUGCUGCCACAUUGAUUCCGAACAUCGGAUGGAUGUUAAGCAUGGGAUCUGCCCUGUUUGCACCACAAAGGUGGGGAUAAACAUGGUUUCACAUGUAAUCUCGCAGCAUGAGAAUAUUUUAAAGAUAUCCUUCACUUACACUCUAUGCAAUAAGAAACACCGCAAUGCUCAUUCUCGUUCAGCCAUAUCUAUGUUGAGGAAAGAGUUGCAGGAGAAACAUUUACAUUGUCUCAAGGAGUCUUCUGUUGUUGAUUCUUCUUCUGAUGUGGCAGCUGAUUCUUUGCUUUUAUCAUUUGUUCAUAAUGCGCAAUCUGCUAACAAUCCUGAAAGCAUACGAGCUACUACUCCUACUGAGGCAAGCUUAUCAGGGAAAAGUUCAGAUGACACUUCUUUAGAAAGAAUACAACCAUCGCCAUCAACAGACAGUGGUGAAGAGAAGGCCAGGAGAUACGAAUUUAUACAGGGAUUAUUAUUGUCCACUAUUCUUGAUGACGUAUGA